GUUCCCUGACAGUUAGAUUUCUUAUUUAGGUUCCAUUUCUAGUUGACAUUUGAUAGAUGCCCCCUUAUACAGACCGACUUACAAAGUGUUUGGAAGUUUUCAUUAAUAAUUAUUUUUUUUAAAUAAUUUUUUUUUUGCUGGUUCCAUUAGUCUAUAAUUCUUAAAAUAAAGAUGUGAAAAACCCUGGAAAAGGUCUUGAAGACUGCUAGACCCUCAGCUGUUUGGACAUCAAGUGGAAGUUCAUUCCACAUCCUAAAUGCCAAGAUUUAUUAAACAGACAAGAUUCUGGAACAUGUGCGUCUGCAACUGCAACUGAGAGGUAGAGGUUUUAGCUUUGUAGGCAACAUCAGUGUUUUAAAUCUGAUUCAAACAGCUACAGGAAGCAGGUAGCCCCAAGCCCCAAGGCUGCUUGCAAUGAGCAAAUUUAAAGGUCACUAGAGGGCGUCACUACAUGUUUGCAUCGUUCUUUUAGCCCUGUUAGGACGGCCACCCAUAAAUAUAUACAGCCUUUACAACAAGUCUGUUUCCUGGUUGUGACUUGAACAAUACAAACAGUUCACAAUGGAUUUAUUCAAUCUGUGCUUGCUUUUGUUAUUUCUAUCAGAAAUGGGUUUCUGUUCUGGAGAAGAACUUGUGUUGCCAGCAGGGUUGUAUGGCAUCAAGGGUAGAAGUGUCAACUUCACAGCAGUGGUUCCUGCUUUCACUGAGGCUUUAUUUGUGACUUGGAGAUUCACUCCCAGAACCGGUUUCAGUGUUCCCAUCGUUACAUCUUCCCACCUGUCUGAACGGGUGUCUGAGAGCUACAGCAGUCGUGUAAAAUAUUACUGGAGCUCAUACACACUAGAAUUGAACUCACUUAUUCAUGCUGAUAAUGGAAUUUAUAUUCUGACUAUAGUCGACUCCAAUCUGGACCAGCUGGUGGGUCGGACUAGGCUGGUGGUGCUGACACCUGUGGCAGAAGUUAGUAUCACCUCUAACCUUCCUGAAGCAGUGGAAUACAACAGCACUGUAGUCUUUACCUGCUCUGCCAAAGGAUCCUUUCUCUCUUACACAUGGUUAAACAAUUCAGCUCCUGUGGUGGUGGAUGGGAAGCACGUGGUGCAGAACAACAACCAGCUCAUCAUUAGUGAAGUUUUCCGCACGGACCUGCAAGGGCCAAUCCACUGCACAGCCAAGAAUCAACUUGAAUCGGAAACUAGUUCUGCUUUCAACCUCGCCAUCAACUAUGGCCCGGAUCGUAUUACUAUAAAACGAGAACCUGCUGAUGAUGUCCUGAAAAAUGGCUCAACCGUGAUAUUGUCCUGUUCAGCCCAGUCCGUCCCUGCUGCUGAGUUCACAUGGCUUUUUAAUGAUGUCAAGCUUCCGCCAAAGAAUUCUACAGUAAUUCUGUCCAAUGUUGGAAUACAACAAAGUGGCAACUACAGUUGCAUUGCCUACAACAGCAAGACCAAGCGCUAUGCCACUUCAGAACUUACCACACUGACUGUCAUAGAAACAGGAAAGAUACAUUCGGACGGCCAGUUUUCCGAUAGAACCAUCGUUACAAUCGCCAUUGCUGUUCUGCUGCUCUUGGAAAUCAUUGUCGUUGUCUUCGUCAGUUUCAAGCAUUAAUCGAAUGUUUUCUUUAGUUAUUGUUGCUUCUACUUCCUUGAACUGCUCUAAAAAAAAGAGGAAUAAAAACCAAGUUUUUAACUUC